GCAGAUGGCGCUAUAAAACGCUAAAAGAAGUUCUAAAAAUGUAAUAUAAAUGUAAUUUAUAUGUAGGCCUAUUUAGAUUAAUAAUAAAGUAAAUAAAAAAAUACUUAUUAAAUAAUAAUAAUAAUAAUAAUACACUAUAAAGUAAAAACAAACUCUGUAUGUCUCUCUUGAUUAAAAUUCAAAUUCUUCGCCUGAUUGUUGGUUUGUUCAUAAAAUGUCAAGAAUGUGCAUCUGAACUGGUUUGUCCUGUUCAUUUCUACAUUACAAAACAGAACAAAACAAAAGCCACGAAUUCCACAACCUUCACUUCCGCUGUAACACUUCAGCAGGUGUUCAGAGAGAAGAGUCUUCUAGAAAUUCAUUGAAAUCCUCCACAGAGUUCUGAAGUACAGAGAAUAAAUAUAAGUUCAUAGUUUAGUGCACAAACCAAAGGUCAGUAUAAGAGGGAGUGUGUGUGUGUGUGUGCGUGUGCGUGCGUGCGUGCGCGCGCGCGUAGCGGUGGGUGGAGCCCACGUGAACACGCAGGUGUGUGAACGCUCACCUGAGCAAAGACUUCAAACAGAGUUUAAUCAUGAGUUUAUCAGCUUCGGGAUCUUCCUGUAGAAAUUCAGCUUGUGCUUCAUGACAGAACAGCAACUUGUAUUAUUUUUUAUUCGUUUAAAUGUUGAGAAAUGGCGGGUCUUAAGGACACAGUUUGACAUGGAUUAUCAGAAGCGCGCGUGAGGACAUGAGGAGAUCUUUGAGGAAUAACAGAGAAAUACUGACAGAAUAAACUAUGACGAAACUACUGACCUGCAUCGGCGUGGUCAUCUUCACACUGAUGGUUUGUGUUCACAGCGAGUUCAUCGAUCCGCCUCCAUCCGCGGCCCUGCGCUCGUUCUCGGACACGCAGACCAGGCUGCCCUGUCGGUAUGUGGUGGAGGGCGAGGAGAAGGUGGUGCAGGUGACCUGGUCCAGACAGAAACCAGGAGGGGAAAAAGAGCAGAUCAUUAUAGGACACUUUACUGAAGGACCUAAAGCGUCUCCGGAUUUCCUGAAGCGUGUUCAGUUCGAGAGCUCUGAGCCGACGGUCGACUCGACGCUGUUGAUUCUGAACACCAAGAAGGCCGAUCAGGCCACAUACACCUGCCACAUCUCCACCUUUCCCUCCGGAAACUUCGAGAGACAAAUCAGCCUGACCGUCUGGAGUCUGCCGAUCUCCUCGCUGGAUCCUGUGAUCCUGCAGGAAGGGCAGUCGUUCCGUGUGGCUGCCUCCUGUCGUUCGGUCGGACACCCUCCGCCACGCCUGUCCUGGGACACGGAAAUUCCCGGGCAGUCGCAGAACCGGAGCGGAGAGGAUGGGGUCGUGACCUCGCAGUUUUACCUGCACCCUCUGCGCAGCAUGAACGGCCGUCGGCUGGACUGUCUGGUGUGGCAUCCGGCUCUGGACGGCCCGCGCAGAAUCAGCAACCAGCUCAUCGUGCACUUUCCUCCAGAUGCAGAGAUUGUUAGUUCUGGCUCCUGGAGGAUCGGCCACACCGGAUCAGAGCUCAGAUGUGCAGUGAAAGGAAACCCGCUGCCGCAGAACGUCACGUGGAGCAGGAAAGACGGGCAUCUGCCGGAGGGAGUGUUGGUUCAGAGGGACAGACUGCUGUUCGUUCGGCCGCUGAAUGUAUCAGACGAGGGUCUGUACGUCUGCCAGACAGGAAACAGUGUGGGAACCGCUAAAGCCCAGUUUAAACUGGAGAUCGGAAAUGCUAAUGAUGUUGCACAAGCGAUCAAGAACCCAUCAGAGACUCUCCUCAUCAUCAUCGGGGUGUCUGUCGCCGGGGCUUUGGUGGUCGUCAUGGUGAUCACCAUCAUUAUCGUCAACUGUCACCUCAGACGCAAGAACAGGAAGCUGAAAAGGGCGCUCAGUGCGAGAACGGAGGAGAUGAUCAGCCUGUCGCGGCAGGUGUCCAUGAGGAGACUCAACUCCAUCAACUCUGAUCCCAGGACAGCGGCAGAAGAGGGUUCACUGAUGCGGAUGGACAGUGUGAUGAAGAACAGUGUUUUAUCCGUGGAGGAUCACUCCACGCUGAGAGACGGAGAGUACGACAGUCUCGGACGUCCUGCCAUCUACCCGUCGUACCGACCGGACCGAGGCAUUAAGAAGCUGAGAGACAUCGAGGAGGACGAGAGAAGCGAGCGCAGACGAAGAGUCGAGUCCUACGUCAAAUCCAGCAAUAUGUCUCUGGUGUGUGAUUCAGGGCUUCACAGGGACCAGAGUUCUCCUCCUCGCUCCGUGAGCUCCGGUCCGACUGAAGCAUGGAAACGCGGCUCUCGCAGAGAGAUUCACCGAGACGAACAUGAUGCAUACGUGCAGCAAGAGCGAAUUCCAGAAGGAGAAGAAGGAAACAACUAUCAUUUGUCCGAGGCGGUUUCCAACUACUUCCAGUGCAGCAACGGAGGACUGACACCAAAGGAAAACCCCAACGCCAUCAUCAUCCACUCGCGCAGACAGAUCAUCUGAUGAAGGACUGUUACACACUCAGAAAGGGCAUCAUGUUGUUCUCAAACCUGCAUGACUUUUGCAAAAUGUUCAUACUCCACAAAGUCAUGCAUAUCACGAUAUAUUAUGAUAUGAUAGACGAGAAUAAAUAGAUUUAAGAUGUACGUCACAAGUGUUUAUGAGACAUUUGAUACCGUUGAUGUCGAACCUGCUGCGAUGCAUCUCGAACAAGAUUGCUAACACUUUACAAUAAGGUUCCAUUAGUUUACACUGCAAACAAAUGACGUUCUUCCUCAGUGUUUCUGUCUUGUUUUCCAGCACAAAUAUCUAAACAUUCUUAAAUCAAGAUACAUUUACUGGAGAAGAGAAAUGACUAAAGAUAUUAAGUUUUGUUUUAAGAAAAAUGUAUCAGUUUGUGCUUCAAACAAGAACAAAUAUCUGCCAAUGGAGUCAGAAAAUUGAGCCAAAAGACUCAAAUAAGAGGUUGAAAUCAGAUCAGACAGAUUUAUUAAGCUGUGAUAAAUCAUACCUGUUGUUACAUUUUUAUGUUAUGUGUAACAACAUGUCCUCUGUGUUCAGGUUUGACUUGUAAAAUUAAUGCAAAAACUGACACUUCAAAUCAACAUUUCAGACAAAAACAAUCUAAACCUUGACCAAAUUCAAAUCCACAACUUAAUAAAAAUAAGAAUUUGUGUCUAAAAACCACUAUAAACCACUAUAUAUAUAUAUAUAUAUAUAUAUAUAUAUAUAUAUAUAUAUAUAUAUAAAGUUUUUCUUUUUUUAACCCCCACCAGAUGGCACUAAUCUACCUUCAAAAAUUGGAUUUUAAGUUUUUACUGCUUUAAUUUAAAAUAAAUAUAUAUAUAUAUAUAUAUAUAUAUAUAUAUAUAUAUAUAUAUAUAUAUAUAUAUUAGGAAAAAAAUUGUGUGCUAUUUUCAAUGGGGAAAAAUAGCUAAUAAAAAUUGUAUAAAUAUUGCAUAGUAUCAUAACAUACCCUCAAAAUUUUAAAUAAUAAUAUUAUUGAACAAAAAUAUAUUACAUUGCUUUCCUGAAAGAAAGAAAGAAAGAAAGAAAGAAAAGGGAAUAUUUUACUACUGAGGAAGAACAACAUUUUUUGAAGUGAAUUCAUUGACUAACAAUGAGCAAUAGAUUUGUUUCAGUAUCACAGUCUGCUUUCAUUAUAGACAAGAUUAUAUGAACAUUACUCAGAUUUUCUCCUUUUGUGUUUCAUGGAGUAAAGAAAGUCACACAGGUUUGUAACAACAUGAGGGUGAGUACAUGAUAGAUUUUUAAUAUUAUUUGUUUGAACUGUCCCUUUAAGCGGAUGAUCAGUGUACACAAACUCACAUAUGAUGGUGAAAUGAGGAGCGAUUUAUUUCCCAUCGGCUGCACUGGAUCUCUUUCUUCCAGCACAUCAUGUGAACUCAGACAAUAGAGGAGACGUUUAAGGGUUAAACACACAAACACUGACAUAUGGAUGUGUUUCUGCUGAAGUCCUGCUGAUCUUGAUUCGUUCCUGGUUUGGACUCAUUCUACCUCUGUGUGUCGAGAUGACAGAACUGUGACGGCAUUUAUAUGAUGUUAAGACACUUUCUUGUAAAAUUAAUUCCACCACAACAAACAUGUAUCAGACUUUCAUGUUUGUUUGAGUUGACAUGUUUAAAUCUGUCAUAAUACUAAAAUAUAAAACAUAGGACGUUUAUAUUUAUAGUAUAAUAACAAUUUGGAAUAAUUAUGAUUUUUUUUUUUAUGUUUCUGAAAGAGUCUCUUCUGCUCACCAAGGCUGCAUUUAUUUAAUCAAAAAUACAGUAAAUUUUAUUAAAUAUUAUUACAACGUAAAAAAAAAAAAUAUUUUUGUGGAAACCGUCAUUCACUGCCAUUCAAACGUUUGAGGUAAGAAAUAUAAAAGACAGAAAUUACUACUUUUAUUCAGUAAGGAUGCAUUAAACUGAUCAAAAGUGACAGUAAAGAUGUUUUUAAUAUUAGAAAAGAUUCUAUUUCAAAUAAACGCUGAAAGUUCAUCAAAUAAUCAAGAAAAAUAAAAUGUAUCAGUUUCCACAAAAAUAUGAACUUUUUCAACAUUGAUAGUCAUAAAUGUUUCUUGAGUAUCAAAUCAUCAUAUUAGAAUGAUUUCUGAAGGAUCAUGUGACACUGAAGACUGGAGUAAUGAUGCUGAAAAUUCAGCUUUGAUCACAGGAAUAAAUUACAUUUUACUAUAUAUUCACAUAGAAAACAGCUGAUUUACAUUAUAAUAAUAUUUCACAAUUUUUACUGUAUUUUUGAUUAAAUAAAUGCAGCCUUGGUGAGCAGAAGAGACUCUUUCAAAAACAUUAAAUCUUAAUUAUUUCACACUUUUGACUGGCAGUGUAUCUGUUAUGUGUCUAUAUAAAAUGUUUCUGUUUGACUUCAGUUUUGCUCCAAUGUCACUUUCUUUACAAACGUUUUCUGCAGAAAAAGUCGCUACAGUUAUUGUUGCUAAUGUAAAGAUGUAAUACAUUAAUAUUAAUUACUUUGGCACUAACUGUGGUUACCAUAUGAACCAGACUAACAGGUUACCUCUCUAACUACUAAACACAUAUUUUAGACUGUGGACUGCUUUAUAUUUACUCCACAAAAACUCCAUCACUCGUUACAGUAUUGCACUAUUUUUAAAAGUUACUAUUCUGAGUUUUAUGUCUGAGUAAUAAUGUAUUACUAAAAGUUUAAAUUAGUAAAUGCUUUUUAUUGUUAGUUCAUGUUAACAAAUGAAACCUGAAUGUGUUACCAGCUUGAAGUCAGUUAAAUAAAAAUGUAUACUGGUCUAAUUUGAACCUGAAAAGUAAGACUAACUGUUAGUUGGUCAGACUUUAAACAUCUGUUUAUGCAGCUAGAUAAGUAGAUAAAUGCGUUUUGUAUAUUUGUAAUGUUGAGUUUGUGUUUACUCACACAAAUAAAGAUUACUGAUCUGUGAAGAACUUUAAUAAAUGUUCAUGUGAAUGAAA